AUGAAUUCCUGCUCUGAUGAAGUCUGUCACCGUACAGACGAAGGCAUAGCGCGAUAUCAUCGCGGCCGCAGGACGGAGAACCGACGACUUCUUCGCAUAAUUCAACAGACUUCCCUACUCGGCAAGCCUCCUUCGGUUUCCGGUGCUACCACAUCACAAAUUCCUUCUAACCAACUUUUCCUUUUCAAUGGAGAGUCAAGACACAAUUCACUUAAAUAG